AAGAGCAGUAAGGAGAGAGGGAGCCAACCAGCAAGGCAUUGUGUUUCCCAGUAGUGCCUGUGUUUCAUUCAGAAAAAGGAAGGGGGCAGUCAAAAUAGUUUUCUUCAUCUAAAGAAGCUCCGAGCUGCUUGUGCCUACAAUGCUGCAAGGGAACAGAGCAAGCAUGAAGACGAAGAAAGUAGAAUAAGCUGCAACUCAGCCAUUUACAUGCUGCAGCAAAUGGAAUUCAUUCAUCUUGACUGCUUACAAAGAUAAAACUAAUGUCAGUGUUGUGCUGGGCUAGUGCUGCUUCUGCUGCUAUUUUUCCAUCUUUAAUCUGUGAAACACCUGAUUGGACUUGGCUGGAGAUCCAAUGAGCUCAACUCUAAAUACAGGCUCCUGACGGGAGGACAGACCAUGCUGCUAAACUGAGUCCGAGGGAGAGAAACGAGGCCACAGAGGACCGCUGAGGUGGUGGCUGGCCUGUCGGUUUGUCCCUCCCCCUUGUCUGACUGGCUAACUGCUGCCUCUCCAGUUCAGCUGAUCACUACCCACCAGACAGCUCAGGCUUGCUAUGGACUGCGCUUCGCACCCUGCUGCAGCCCUGCCCAGUACACUACCUUAGUGGAUUACGCUCGUCUUCCUGUGUGGGAUUCCCAUCCAGACCCACUGUACAGUCCAGCACAGAUCUGGUACCACCUAUAGCCACUCCUGGGUUCUCCACCCAACCCCCUCCCAACUCCCACCCUCUCCCCUUCCCUGAGAAGAUGUCAGUGAGCCUGACAACAGACAUCCAGCAGGAGGGAGAGAGUGGGCCACUCAUUGAGCCCUGCAGUCGGGGCAAGACCUCUCCUCAACCACAGGGCACCAAGGAAGGAACCGGAGAAGGCCUGGAUCCUGAGGAUAGCUCUCCACAGGAUUCACAGAAACGGGCUCCUAAUCACAGCCAUGGUAGAAAAAGGGCCAAGUCUAAUGCCAAACUGAAGCUUGUUCGGAGUCUGGCAGUGUGUGAGGAGUCCUGUGGUCCAUUCUCCAAUGAUGGAGGUCCAGACACGGAUAUCAUUCAGCUUCACAUCAGCUGUCCAUCUGACAAGGAGGAGGAGAAGUCCUCUAAGGAUGAAUAUGAAAAUGAAGAGAAAGAAAAGAAGGACAAGACUCCACGAAAGAUGUUGUCUCGUGACUCAAGUCAGGAAUAUACUGACUCUACAGGCAUCGAUGUUCAUGAGUUUCUGGUCAACACACUGAAAAACAAUCCCAGGGAUCGAAUGAUGCUGCUCAAACUAGAACAAGAUAUCCUGGAGUUCAUUAAUGAUGACAAUAACCAGUAUAAGAAGUUUCCUCAAAUGACUUCUUAUCACCGCAUGCUGCUGCACCGCGUGGCUGCCUAUUUUGGCAUGGACCACAACGUGGACCAGACGGGCAAGGCUGUCAUUAUCAACAAGACGAGCAACACACGCAUACCAGAGCAAAGGUUCUCUGAACACAUCAAGGAUGAACGUAACAUGGACUUCCAGAAAAAAUUUAUCCUUAAAAGAGACGAUGCUAGUAUGGACAAGGAUGAUAAUCAGAUCCGCGUGCCACUGCAGGACGGGCGGCGUAGCAAGUCCAUUGAAGAGAGAGAGGAAGAGUAUCAGCGGGUACGAGACCGGAUCUUUGCCCGAGAAGUGUCCGUUUUUUUGCAGUCCUCUCAAAAUGGUUACAUCAACGACAACAGACUUUCCACUGAGGGCUACUGCUCUAGCUCUCAAAAGAGGAGACAGAUCUUUAGGGGUAACCGUGAGAGCUCCAGCAGGGCAUCUAGCAGUCGUCAAAGCAGCACAGACAGUGACAUGAAGUGCCUGGAGCCACGGCCUUGGAGCAGCACCGACUCGGACAGCUCCAACCGAACCCUCCGGCCACCCGUCACCAAGGCCAGCAGUUUCUCUGGCAUCUCUAUCCUGACGAGGGGUGAUAGCCUUGGCAGUAACAAAGGGUCACAAGGAAGCUGCAAAGGCUCUCGCUCUGGCCUGCCCCUAGUCAAUCCUGACGUGUGCGCCCCACCUACAGUUUCCCAGUCCAGCCGUAGCCUGCUUCCCUGCCCAUCGCAGCAGCCACAGCAGCCACAGCCCCAGGCUCCACCCCAGACUGCUCUGCUGCCUACCCCACAGCAGCACCCUAUGAGCAACCACAUGAUUGCUCAGCCGGUGCCAUCUCUGCAGCCCUCUCAGCCUGUCUCCUACUCCAGCCCUUCCUGCCCCCAGGUUCUCCUGCCAGUUUCUCCUCCCCAGCAGUACACAAUGGGAGAAGAGCUGGCUCCCCAGUUUGGCCAGAUGACGCUCAGUCGGCAGGGCUCCAGUGAGAACCCUGAGCCUCCCCCAAUGUAUCAGCCUGCUCCUACAGUGCUCUCACAGCACCCCCCUCCUCAGACUGGCUACAUCAUGGCCACAACGGGUCAACCUAUGCCUCCAUCUGGCUACCAACCUGCCACUGGACACCCCCAUCCUCCACCUCCACCGCCUCCUCCAUCCCAGACUGUCAUACAGGCUCCACCACCCCCACAAGGAUACAUGCAGGCCCCUCCGCCUCAACAGAUACAGGUGUCGUAUUACACUGCUGGUCAGUAUCCCAGCUCGGGCCAGCAGUACCGUGUGCCCCAGCCCAUGUCCCACCAGGUGUCUUAUCCUGCUCAGCGCACACAACCCAUGACCCAGCCCACUCAGCAGUCAGGUCUCCAGCCAAUGAUGCCCAGCCAGCAGCCGAGCUACCAGAGCAUGAUGAGUGUGCAACAGCCUCAAAAUCCUGGUCUGCUUAAUUCACAGAGAACAGGAAUUGGGGGACAAAUGCAAAGCAUAAUGGUCCAGUACCCACAGAUGCAAUCUUAUCAGGUGCCCGUGGGAAAUGAAAAUCAGCAGGUGGUGCAGCAGCAGUACCAGCAGCAGGUGAUGGUACCAGUGAGCCAAUCUGUCCAGGGGCCCAUGCCUGUCUAUUACAGUGUUAUUACACCCACACAGCAGAAUAGCACAAGCCCAUCAGUAGGUUAUCUGCAGGCCCCCAGCAAUGAGCAGUAUCAAAUCACACAGUCACCGUCUCCCUGCAACCCUCAGCAGUUGCAGCAGCAAUAUUCAGGAGUACCCCCUCCUGGGCCUGGGGUGAUGGUCAUGCAGCUCAGUGUCCCCAACGGACCACAGCCUUCCCAGAACCCUCCUCUGGUCCAGUGGAACCCAUGCAAGUACUACAGCAUAGAGCAGAGACCCAGCAAGCCAGGAGAGCUCUACAAACCUGACAACACUCCACAGGCUAGUACCCAGCUCACCAGUCCUCUGGCCUCCCCCACUCAGUCUCCCACCCCAUCUCCUUCCGGCAGCAGUGUCUGUCCAGGCCUCGGACCACUACCCCUCAUUUCACAGUUUCCACGCCCUGGAGGACCAGCUCAAGGAGAUGGACGCUACUCUCUGUUGGGUCAGCCUCUCCAGUACAGUCUGUGUCCGCCGUCUCUUAUGCAUGGUCAGUCCUACAGCUCCCAUCAGGGCCAAGGAGUGAUGAAGCACGGGCCACGUGGGAAAAAACAAACUCUGAAAUCUGCAUCUACAGAUCUCGGCACUACUGAUGUUGUUGUGAGUCGAGUGCUCGAAGUAACGGACCUGCCAGAAGGGAUUUCUCGUCCAGAAGCUGAAAAGCUUUUCAACCAGCUGUCGCUGUGCGGUGCCAAGAUCCAGUGGCUAAAGGAUCCCCAGGGAGGCCGAGGAGGCGCAGGAGGCUGCGGCCCCUGUCCUGGUGCGGGGCCUUCUGGGCCAGGUGCAGCCCCUGGACAUGGGGCCAGUGUCGGAGUUGGGGGAAUGAAGGGCGACUGCAACGACCCUGCUCACCUCUACACGGUGGUGGCAGUGUUCCCAAACACCAUGGCUGCCCAGAGUGCUUCCUUCAAACUUAACAACAGUGGGGCCAGCCUCUUCAAACUGAGGGCCGCCAAAAAGAACUAUGACCUGCGUGUGCUGGAGAGAGCCAGUUCUCAGUGAAAGGCAAAGAGAGGGGGGGGGAAAGAAAGUGAAAGAGACAGAAAGAGAGACUCUUGGUGGAGUGGUGGAAAAGGAAGGAGGACUGAGGGGCACUGCUCUUAGUGUACCAUUUAAAUACAAAAGCUUAAGUUAAUAAAUAAUGUGUCAAAUGUAUAAAAGGGAAGAAGGUGUGAAUCAUGAGGUGGCUGAUGUGGCAGAUAUGAUUUUGUUGUUUGUUUUUGUUUUGUAUUUAUGUAGAAGAGCACACAAGACACGUGAGCAUGGGUUUCACUGUUGCCGUGGAAUGUGUGCUGCCAUUAUACAAAAAUAAAUGCAACCACACGCUCACACACACACACACACACACACACACACACACACACACACACACACACACACCAGGAGAGACGAACGCAAGCGCAGGCAACAGGGUCACGUAGCACAUAACAAAGACACACUGGACAGUCGACCUCAGUCAAACCUUUUCCUCCUUUUCCCCUUCCCUCUGCUCUCCAACCCCUCCUCCUUUUCCUUCUUCUUCUGCCAAGGCUUUCUCUCCUUCCUCAGCUCUCCGUCACCCAGUCGUCUCUUACUCUCAUAUUUAUAAAUUUUCAUACGCACAGUUGCGCACUCUCUCUGCUUUCCCCCCGCUGCUCUCCUCUUUUCCUGCCAUGUGUCAUUCUGCCUCCUACCUUUCUCUGCUCCUCGGUCUCUCUCACUGCUCUCUCCUCUCUCGCUUUCUGUUUGCCUUACUGCUGUUGUGGGUUUCUGUAUUGCGCUGUUUUUUUCCCAAAGUUAUCAUUUGUUUUGGGGUUCAAUAUAUUUAUAUAAGUGAUGUAAGGAAUAAAAGAAAUUAUAUAUUCAGUGAUUUUCUUUCUUUCCCCCGAGUGACAAAAUUUAGGCCUUCCUAUUUCCUUUACUCCUCUCCUCUUCAUCCCCUUUUCUCCUUCUUCCCACAUUUGUUUCCUCCUCUUCUCCCUCUACCUCACUUCUUCUGUCCUCUCCUUUCUCCAACAACUGCCCCCCCGACGCCCCGUUGUGUUUGCGUUUUUCGUUGACAGCUGUGCAGAACGUAUCAGAAGAAGUAGUUAAGUGCACAAUGAUUGCAUAUGUCUACUGUAAAUUUUAUUUAAUCUGUUAUUUUUUGUUUGUUUUUAAAAAUAUAAAAGUCAAGAAAAAUCUAUCAAAACA